CACAGUGGACUGGGGAGGUCGGACACAUUUCGCCGGCAGCACUGAACUCGUGUUUACGUUCUGUAGAGCUCACGUAUAAUGGCAGCCGAACAAGCGUGUUUCUAAUUCAACAAAUGUUCCUUUUCCGGGUAGCCGGUAUUAGCAGCUGAUAUUGGGAGUUCACACAAACUCCAGCAUGAGGCGACUGCUUCUAGAGGACUGUGUCCUUCUGGUUGUUCUUGUCAAUUGGAUCGUGUUGGUUCAGACGCGGUCAGCGUGUGGGCGUGGUCGAUUCCUCGACCCUGACUCACAGAUGUGUGAGUACUGUAGCGUGGUGUGUGACAACAUGGAGAUACAAAACACUGUCAGAAAAUGCAGCACGAAUUGCCCAGAUUUCCUUAAAAAGACAACCUCUCCGACAGCAUCAACGUGGGCUUCAUCUCUUCCAACUCCAACUGGUCUGAAAGUGGUGGCGACUACAUCAACGACGUAUUCGCAGCUGAGCUUGAAAGUGGUCGCGCCUGUUGCCUCCAUUGCAGCUGUCGUCGUCAUCCUUGCGUUGUCACUGUACCACAGACAGAAGCUUCACCAGAUGUACCUCAGUGCCCAGUGUUACUGUCACAACAAGCGCCCCGUGCAGGAGGUCGGUGGAGACCAUGAUGGCCACGACGACGCCCCAGGGCCAAACGAGAUCUUGAUGGGCGACAUUACAACGAUUGAUCGCAACAAUGACGGUGAUGUUCAAAGAAACGAUGGAGACAGUCGUCAAACGUCAGAGAGUCAGCUGUGACGUGUAGAUUGCAUAUGUGACACUGACAUACAACUGAUUCAAGACGUUUUAUGCCUACGGUUCAUCGAAGGUUUUUCCUGGGCGGUUUGUGGUAUUGGAGAACAUUUCAGAUUGACACUGGGCAAACAUCGCCCUAAGAACAGAACAGGCUCAGUAAAAUGCCCACAUUUGUUUAUCGGGCGAUGUUCUGUACAGUGAGUGAGUGAAAGAGUGAGUGAAAGAGUGAGUGAGUGGCUCAUCAUCAGUAUCACCAUCAUCAGAUCUUCAUAUCCGAUUUUUGGUGUCCCCCGCCGUGAUAUUGCUGGAAUAUUGCUAAAAGCGGCGUAAAACUCACUCACUCACCCACUGUAUAUAUUUCAUGUCAGAGUGAUCUGUUUUAUUGGAUGCCUUGUUGAAAUGAAACAUACCACGCGGAGAUAUACUGUACGAGGGCUAUAUACUAUAUACUAUAAAUAUAUAU